GCCACCUCCUCCCCCUCCCCACCAGCACCUUCCCCGGCCACCGGCGGCGGCGACAAUGGUGCAGGGACGCCAGGGCCAGCGCGUCAGGCUCUACGUGCGGGGCACCAUCCUGGGCUACAAGAGGUCCAAGUCGAACCAGUACGAGAGCACGUCGCUGCUGCAGGUGGAGGGGGUGAACACCAAGGAGGACGUGUCGUACUACGCCGGCAAGCGCAUCGCCUACGUCUACAAGGCCAAGACCAGGAGCAGCGGCACCACCGUCCGCUGCAUCUGGGGCAAGGUCACGCGCCCCCACGGCAACUCCGGCGUCGUGCGCGCGCAGUUCCGGUCCAACCUCCCCGCCACCUCAAUGGGCAAGAAGGUCCGCGUCUUCAUGUACCCCAGCAGCACCUAAGAUUACCUUGCUACUAUAUUUAGGCGUAGUUGGCUUUGUGGAGGUCUAUAACACCAUUUUGACGGUCGGCGAGCAGAUUUUUUGGGUGAUUUUGAAGGGUUUAUUUUUUGGUGUCUUCUUACUGGGACUGUUAGUUGUGUCAAACACUUUGUUUGAAUUGAAAUUUAGUAUAUGAUGUCUUUGGUGGAGCGAUAGUAUUGAUUGAGAGGUUUUCUCAACCCCUUGUUUGAGGUUUCACAUGUUUUCUCCUUUUUAGAUGGAAUGACCUGAUAUUCAUUCCAUAAAACAGACUGUCAAGUAGACAUCUACCUACGUUUGCAAUGUUUAGAACAGGGGAAAGCCUCUUAAGUGCCUGCCUUGCCUGUCUGCCUCGUACUGCAACGCCGCUUUGUAAUUUGUAUAUGCAGGUGUAACAGAACGCAUCA